AUGGACAAAAACUGGUGGGAUUACCAGGUGCCAUUAGAUUGUAGCUGGUACUGGAAGCGGUUAGUUGCUGUCAAAGAUGCUUUCAAAGCUAAGACUGAUCUGUCUAAAUUUGCAGUGAUGAGCUGGAGCAAAAUUGUUUGGGAAAGACUGAGCAUUCCGAAGCAUAGAUUUGUGCUUUGGCUGGUCAUGUUGCAGAGGCUUCGCACUAGAGAUCAAUUGCACAAGUUUCAACCGUUAAUGGAUCAAUCUUGUUUGCUUUGUGGAGGAGAUAUUGAGAGCAUUGGUCAUCUCUUUCUUCACUGUCAUUAUAGCAGUGUUUGUUUGCAGAAGCUUAAGCAGAGAUUGGGUUGGAAUUCAGCUUCCUUAAACCUGAUGCUUCUAAUUCGUUGGAUCCAUAAAGCUAAGAGGUUGAGUGUUGUUCGGAAGAGCAUCAUGUAUGCUGUUCUUGCAGCUCUUGUUUAUCACUUAUGGAGAGUUCGAAAUGAUGUGUUUUGGAGCAACAAAUUAUGGCAUGUAGAUAAUACUGUACAAAGAGUUGUUAGAGAGAUUCAGGUUAGGAUUUCUCUUGUAAUGCCUAAAAAAGCUAAAGCUAUAGAUAGGGAAUGGGUCACUAAGUUCAGUAAGAGCUAG